GCACGUCUCUUUGGAGAUUGACGGCAAGCUUGGUACUAAUAGAAUCAAUGAUAAGAGUCAGUCUAAACUGAAAGUGCCUCGCUGGAUAAAGAAAACAAACCAGUCUGGAAAGAGAAAUGACAAUCUUGACAAAAAGGACGAGCAUGUCUCUUCAGAGAAAGAAGACAGGCUUGGUGACAGUAGGAGUGGUGAUGAAGGUGAUUUUAAUUUGAAAACACUUUCCAAGAGGAAGAAAAGUUGCAAGUCGGGAGAGAGUAAUGGAGGUCUGGGAAAAAGGUGCACCAUGUAUUUUCAGAGAAUGAAGGCAGGCCUGAUAAUAGAGAGGGCAAUGAUGAUGCGUGGAUGAACCUAGAGAAACCUGUUGGUGGUGACACCUCCGGGUGUUGGAUCGGUAAACUCUUUGUGUCAAAUACAGAAAUCGCUGAAGGAAGCCAGGACACCAUCAUCCUCGAGGGUGAUCCUAGUUUGAAGAUGCCUUCCCAGAUGAAAAUAAACGGGUCAAUACAGUGUGAUGGAAGUCAUAACAGAAAGGACGAGCACGUCUCUUUGGAGAUUAACAGCAAGCUUGGUACUAAUAGAAUCAAUGAUAAGAGUCAGUCUAAACUGAAAGUGCCUCGCUGGAUAAAGAAAACAAACCAGUCUGGAAAGAGAAAUGACAAUCUUGACAAAAAGGACGAGCAUGUCUCUUCAGAGAAAGAAGACAGGCUCGGUGACAGUAGGAGUGGUGAUGAAGGUGAUUUUAAUUUGAAAACACUUUCCAAGAGGAAGAAAAGUUGCAAGUCGGAAGAGAGUAAUGGAGGUUUGGGCGAGCACCGUGUAUUUUCAGAGAAUGAAGGCAGGCCUGAUAAUAGUGUGGGCAAUGAUGAUGCGUCGAUGAACCUAGAGAAACCUGUUGGUGGUGACACCUCCGGGUGUUGGAUCGGUAAACUCUUUGUGUCAAAUACAGAAAUCGCUAAAGGAAGCCAGGACACCAUCAUCCUCGAGGGUUUCUAUGAAGGCCAACCUGUCGCAGUGAAGCGCCUUGCCCUAGCUCAACACCAUGUUGCUUCAAAAGAAAUACGGUCUCUGAGAGCAUCUGAUCGAGACCCAAAUAUUGUUCGGUUCUAUGGAGCCGAGAAUGAUCAGGAUUUCGUGUAUCUUGCCCGGGAGCGUUGUGCUUGCAGUUUAGAUGACUUAAUACGAGCACAUUCAAAUUCUUCAGAGAAAUAUGUCUUCCCUGAUGACCUGGCAUCAAAUGCUAUCAACGAGUACAAAAUGCGAUUGGAUUCAGUUAAGGGGACAAUGCAGGAUGUUAACUUGUGGAGGGAAGAUGGCCAUCCCUCACCUUUGCUACUCAAACUGAUGAGGGAUGUGGUCUCAGGACUUGUCCAUUUGCAUCGCUUAGGAAUAAUUCAUCAAGACUUAAAGCCCCAAAGUGUUCUGAUUACUAAGGAAUUUUGUGCAAAGUUAUCGGAUAUGGGCAGUAGUAAACUCCUCCCCGAGGAUACGUCUCCCUCAGGAUAUCAUGUCCCUGAUUGUGGCAGCCUGGCAUUGCAUACGGCUGAACAACUUUGUCCUGCGCACCAAAUGUACUCAGUCGAUCUGUUUGGUCUUGGUUGCAUCUUGUUUUUUUGCAUCACUGGUGGAAAACAUCCAUUCGGAGACAGUCUAAAGGGCGAUAAUAAUAUCAAGGAGUACUCGAUUGACUUGUCCCCCGUGGAAUUUUUGCCAGAAGCUGCAGAUUUGUUUGCUCGUUUACUAAACCCCAAUCCCAACCUGAGGCCAAAGGCAAUGGUGGUGCUUCACCAACCAUUGUUUUGGAAUUCAAAGAUGAGACUUUCCUUUCUCCGAGAUGCCAGCGACUGGGUAGAAUUGAAAGCUAGGGGAACCAAUCCUGAUCUAAUGGAAAAAUUGGAGAGCGUUGCUUGGCGAAUUUUCGACGAGGAAUGGAAUGGAAAGAUAGAUCGUAAAGUCAUUAGGCAUAUGCGUGGGUUCAGGGCCUACAAAUUUAAAAGAGUCAGAGACUUGUUGCGAAUUGUGCGAAACACAUUUUGCCAUGCCAUAGGACUUCCACGGAAUAUUCAGGAAAUAGUCGGAUCAUCUCCCGAGGAUUUGGACAACUAUUUCACGAAGCGAUUCCCCAGACUUUUGAUUGAAACGUAUAGAUUCGUCUCCACGUGCUGCAAAGAUGAGGAACGCUUUCCCUUUCCUGAGUACUUCAGCUGGUGAUCACAAUGGUGUAUCAGCAAUGGACUUCGCAAUAAUUAAGGUCAGUGACCACAAUUUGCAGAAGGGUUGAUUUCGGCGUCGUGCAUAUCAAGAGGAAACAUAUACAUUUAGGAAACCUGUAUAUACAUGUGUAUAUGAUGUACAUGGUUUGUGGUAAAUCGAUAUGUAGAGGUGAUGGAUUCAUGCCUGUAUCUGCCUAAAAGAGAAGGUAGAAUUUUCAGAACACGUUGACCCACUGCUCGACCCACUAUUCAUUAGCGUAAGAUGUAUCAUACUGCAAUUUCUGUUGUAAAUGUUAUUUU